AUGAACUCCACCCACCAUCAUGGCAUGUAUACCUCCCUCCACCUCUGGAACCGCAGCAGCCACGGGCUGCAAGGCAAUACCAGCGAGUCCCCGGGGAAGGGGUACUCAGAUGGAGGAUGCUAUGAGCAACUUUUUGUCUCCCCCGAGGUGUUUGUGACUCUGGGUGUCAUAAGCCUGCUAGAGAACAUUCUAGUGAUCGUGGCAAUAGCCAAGAACAAGAACCUGCACUCACCCAUGUACUUUUUCAUCUGUAGCCUGGCUGUGGCAGAUAUGCUGGUGAGCGUUUCGAACGGUUCGGAAACCAUCGUCAUCACCCUGUUAAACAGCACUGAUACGGACGCGCAGAGCUUCACCGUGAAUAUUGACAAUGUCAUUGACUCUGUGAUCUGUAGUUCCUUGCUUGCAUCCAUUUGCAGCCUGCUUUCCAUUGCAGUGGACAGGUAUUUCACUAUCUUUUAUGCACUCCAGUACCAUAACAUUAUGACAGUUAAGCGGGUCGGGAUCAUCAUAAGUUGUAUCUGGGCAGCUUGCACGGUGUCGGGCAUCCUCUUCAUCAUUUACUCGGACAGCAGCGCUGUCAUCAUUUGCCUCAUCACCAUGUUCUUCACCAUGCUGGUUCUCAUGGCCUCUCUCUAUGUCCACAUGUUCCUGAUGGCGAGGCUUCACAUUAAGAGGAUUGCUGUCCUCCCCGGCACUGGCACCAUCCGCCAGGGUGCCAACAUGAAGGGGGCAAUUACACUGACCAUCCUCAUUGGGGUCUUCGUUGUCUGCUGGGCCCCUUUCUUCCUCCACUUACUGUUCUACAUCUCUUGCCCCCAGAAUCCAUACUGUGUGUGCUUCAUGUCUCAUUUCAACCUGUAUCUCAUACUGAUCAUGUGUAAUGCCAUCAUUGACCCUCUCAUUUAUGCGCUCCGGAGUCAAGAACUGAGGAAAACCUUCAAAGAAAUCAUCUGCUUCUAUCCCCUGGGAGGCAUCUGUGACUGGUCUGGCAGGUAUUAA